CAAAUACAUACCAUACCGACCUCUGUUUAAAAGACUUAUCUUUUCUCCAACAAAUGCGACAAAACCGUGUGGACGAAUCAGAGAGACACAUGUAUACCAAUGCCGACUUCUUUUUAUGCAAUCGUAGCGUCUCUCUCACGUGGUAAACGCGUCGCCAUUUUUAUAAUACGACCACGUUUGUGACUCCAUUAAUGGCGGUCUCAUGCUCCCUCAAUUCUUCAUGAUCUAACUACUAAGAGAUCUGAUUCACUUUCUUCACACUCUCCGAGUCUCAUCUUCGCUUCUUCCCUAGCUCUUAUCUGGACACAAUGAUGGACCUAACGAAACUGAAGCCUCCACAGAUCACUUUUUAUUGCUCGGCGUUUUCCGUCUUGCUCACACUUCAUUUCACGAUACAGCUUGUAUCGCAGCAUCUCUUCCACUGGAAGAACCCUAAGGAACAAAAGGCUAUACUCAUCAUUGUGCUUAUGGCUCCUAUCUACGCCGUUGUUUCCUUUAUUGGUUUGUUAGAAGUCAAAGGAAGUGAAACCUUCUUCCUCUUUCUUGAAUCCAUCAAAGAAUGCUACGAAGCUCUUGUCAUUGCCAAAUUCUUGGCAUUGAUGUAUAGUUAUCUAAACAUAUCUAUGAGCAAAAACAUUUUGCCUGAUGGAAUCAAAGGAAGAGAGAUUCACCAUUCUUUCCCAAUGACUCUUUUUCAGCCUCAUGUAGUCCGUUUGGAUCGUCACACUCUUAAACUUUUGAAAUACUGGACAUGGCAAUUUGUGGUCAUUCGACCCGUGUGCUCCACUUUGAUGAUAGCUUUACAGCUCAUCGGGUUUUAUCCUUCAUGGUUGAGCUGGACAUUCACUAUCAUUGUCAAUUUCUCGGUUUCUCUGGCCUUGUAUUCUCUUGUGAUAUUCUACCAUGUGUUUGCUAAGGAGCUUGCUCCUCAUAAUCCACUCGCAAAGUUCCUCUGCAUCAAAGGAAUUGUCUUCUUUGUCUUUUGGCAGGGAAUAGCACUAGACAUACUGGUGGCAAUGGGAUUCAUAAAAUCUCACCAUUUCUGGUUGGAGGUAGAACAAAUCCAAGAAGCAAUUCAGAAUGUGUUGGUAUGUCUUGAGAUGGUUAUCUUCGCUGCGGUUCAGAAACACGCUUAUCAUGCUGGUCCUUAUAGCGGCGAGACCAAGAAGAAACUCGAUAAAAAGACCGAAUGAUUUGGGCGUUAGAGUGGACAUGGACUGGUUUUAAACCAGCCAUUUUUAUAGCCAAUCUUUGGUGAUCUUGUAUGUUGUUAUGUUGAGGAGAAAGAUCUAAAGGUUUUGCUUUACAACUUUUGGUUUCCAUGAUUGGGGAAAAAAGAAACAAUAAAGUUGAAAAUUUAGAUGAUAUGAACAAUAAUGUUAAAGCCACUACACUUUUCAUCAAAAGAAGUAAAGAACACUACUCAUAUUAAUAUCUUUCCCGUAUGCAUGAAAUGAAACUUUUUCACCAUUGUUACUCUAGUCUUUGUUCAAUUGUUGUAAAAUCAGUUCAAAUACUCAAAUUCUUCUUACUUCUGUGACAAAAUAAAACACUCGUU